GGAUCACGUUUAUUGCUCUCGCCACCAAAAGGGAAACUAUGCUGUGAUUUUUCUGCACAGAUCGUGAUUUUUUGAUACACAAUAAAAAUAGACAUUCCUAUAAACUCUGCUGUAUAGAUUACAUUUAUUUCUGUUGAGAAUGAUCCAAAUUGCCUGGGUUGAGACAGCAUUACUUGUAUUAAUGGUCUAUAUGAGAUCAGCAGACACAGCAUCUUGUCCACAUACACGAUUUACAAUGAGAAGUGUCACAUCAUGCCCUAAAAGUAAAGAAGAAUGGGAUCGUCGAGCUGAAAUAAAAAAAUGUUCACUUGUUUCACAGCAGUGUGGGGAGCUUGAGGAAUCUGUUUAUCAUUGCGUAAUUAAUAAUUUCGCCAACCAAACCUUCGAAGUCUGCGCUCCAAAAGUUUUAAUAAUUGGUCAUUCUUGUGUGGAGUACAAUAUACGAGGAGGAAUAGUUCAAGAAAGUCAAUAUGUAAAGUGUGCAGAGUCAUGUCCAUUCUCAUACACAUCUACAGACGUGUAUAAAUAUCAGGACUGUUUUAAACUGAAUGAGAGAAAAACUUGGACAGAAGCUAACGCUACUGACAUCAAUUCGAACUUCAAGAUCUCUAGGUACUCCUUUUAUUGCCUCAUUGACAUCAUAAAAAGAAAAGGAUGUACUAUGAAUAUGAUUGAUGUUUUGUAUGUGUAUUGA